UAGCAGCAACGAUGGGAAAAACAGCCGGGGUGCAAAGCACUCGCUUGUCGGGUGCUGUUUCCCCCUGACCCGCACAGUUCUCUGCCAGAAGGCGGUCAAUCAAGUGUAAAAGCUGUCACCGGUUUAUGAAUGAGUGGGGAAAUUAUUGUAAAAUCUGAUACGGAGCAGUACUUUGCUACCUGCAGAAGGGAAACUUCAGAAGAUGUUUUUGUUGUAGCUAAUUGAAUUUGUUCUCCUCAGAAAGGUCCAGUUCGAUGUUGUGCUUAAUGUAAACAAGUGCUUUGAAAAACCAUACUAAUUAUAACAAGAACAGCAGUGCGAGAAAACGUUUCAUAGAAUUAUAGUAUGCAGCAGAGUGAAGGAUUUCCAAAGGAUUAAAUCGGAUGUUAAAGAGGAAUACUGGUUACAAACGGAAGAGCUAAAUUUACAACAAAACUAACGAAAAAGAAGUUACAGAACUGCUUAAAAUCUGCGUGACGAAACGUUCUCACGAAACGUUCUAAAAUUGAUCCACCAGAAAGAGUGACAACGUCAGCAGUAAAACUGCAUCCACCAGAUCAGCCAUGCAAUUUGGCUGGGCAUACGAUGGGGUCAACGCUUCCGUGCCACGAAACACUGGACCAGAGUGUGCUCAGUUCCUGACAACUAGCAGAAAGCUGCUGGAAACUGCCAUACUCCUGCCGCUCUGCAUUAUUGCUAUAAAGUUGUCAAUCAGAUGGCUGAAGCCGAUCACGUUUCGGCGGAAUACCCCCCACGUGUCCACUCCGCAGCAUCACAGUAGUCCGCUAGGGUUUCGAAGCAGUAGUAUUAGUCAUCUAGCUGGUAGUAGUAAUCCCAAUCUUCAGCAUCACUAUCAACGGAUCGGUAGUGGAGUAGGUCACCACCUGGAACCGGAUCAUCGGGAGUUGUUAAUCCAACAGCACCGUCACAGGCGUUCCUCUUCGGUAGAAUACUGCAGCUGUCACCGAUGCAACAACACCGCUCAUAAUGUCGCCCUGGAGGGAGAGGUACCCAACUGGGUCAAGCAGAUGCUGCUGAUAACAAUGACACUGACGCUAGGCGUCGAACUAGGCUUUAAAUUUGCAACUAGAACUGUUAUCUACAUUUUAAAUCCUUGCCAUGUAACCACGUUGAUGCAGAUCUAUCUACUAGCUUGUAACAAACCGAGAAAGAGUACGACAUCACUGUUCCGACUGCAGAUGAACUACCUAAACGGACCGCUGUUAGCGUUCAUGUUCCCGGAAACAGACAGCCGACAGCUGCCAAUGGAGGCGGCCAUCUACUGGAUUCAGCACGCGCUGAUGUGCAUCAUACCGAUCUAUUUACUAAGGACUGGAGGAGUUUACAACAUGGAGGCCAUCAGCGACUUCACCUGGAAUAUCAUAGGCUAUUCAGCAUGUAUUAUUUACCAUUUUGCCUUUCUGCAAAUAGUUGCCAUUCCAACACAAGUUAACCUCAACCACAUGCUCUGCGCUGCACUCAAGGAUCCCUUCGAUGGGCCCAACUACCGCACGAUGGCUGUCAUCCACGAGGCUGUCCUGUGUACUAUACUCUGCAAGCUAGUCACCUUCUUGUUCAGUCCGUUGCCACCACGCCUCAUCACCAACCCGCCAUUCGUCAAAAAUGGUGACUCACUUUCGGAACAAUCCGUCGGCACCACCUCACCGCUUGUCACUGAAUCCGGUUCCGUACCGCAUCACUAUAUUUCUCGCUCUUCCUCGCGUCCUUCGUCCCGUUCAUCGUCACCGGCCAAGUCGGUAUCGCUACUGCAAGAAAGCAAUAUCAUCAUCAAAACCAGUAAAAUUGACUAGUGGACCCUGAACGUCUCCCAAAAUCAUGAUCAGCACACGAGCACACAAGUGGAAUCCCGCGCAUUAUAGUAUGAACCUAAUAUUCCUCCCCCUUGGGGAAGUGUACCUGGGACAGGCAUUAAGUUUGAGCACGACUGAGACUUUUUGCCUCUCAUAGACAAUGUGCAUCACGCAUCACUCAAACCAAAUUUUAUUCGCUGAAGUAAUUUAUUUUGUAUAUUUUUGCUUUAGCGUGUUCGGAGUGCAGUGUGUUCAAUUUUAACACUCUGAUAAUAAAGGAACAUUGUUCUAAAUAUAGGAAAUGGAAAAGUAAAUGGCCCUUACAAGAGACAAUAUGGUUGUCAAAAAAAGAAGUAUUCGCAAUACUUUUGAUCGUUCUUGGAAACAUUGUUUUAAUUCUUUAUAGAAACUGUAUUGUUCUGGAUUCCCGCGUAAUACACGAAUAAAAGUAAUGGUAAUUAAAUAAUGUCGGAACGGUAUUGACAAUACCUAUCACUAACAAUAAUAUUGCUUUGUGUAAAGGCCUUUAUAGCCUAAUAGACCUCACAUAUCGGCAGUGAACAAAAAAAUCAUUUUUUGGCUGUAGCUCAGUGUCAUCACUACUUAAGUAAAAAUUGAUAUUCUGUAAAGACUCUACACUGACAAGACCACUGACACUGAUCCAAAAAUAUUGAAUAAUUAAGUACUUUCAAUUACCUUUUAGUGUAUUAAGAUCUUUUAAUUUUAUUCUACGCAUCGGCAUAAAAACAGACAAAUAACGCAAAAUCAAGGCGUGUCGUAAACUUUUAAUGAAUACUUGAUAUCGCUCCCAUCAACAGACAAAACUAAAUUUUCGUCAAAUUCAGCUAAAUUGGCUGUGACUUUGAGUGUGAGUUUUAGACUUGACAUAUUAUUACAUAAAAUUAAUAGAUGACGAAAAUCUACAUAUGACACAGUUCGUAAUUCAUGAAAUGGCUGGAUUUUUCAAGAAUGAUAUAUGAAAUAUAUGACAAAUAUAUUUUGACGCUCAAAUAUGCUUAUCUCAGGAAACGAAAAUUUUCCCAAUUGUGUAUGAAUUGGAAAAAGGGGUUUAUCUAUUUAAAACCACUUCAUUCAAAAUUAGGUUUAUUAACGGAACCCCUAAAUUGGGUGGAAAAUGCUCAGAUUUAGGUAGUUUCUGGUUCCGUGUACAUUGAAAAGAGAUAUAAAGUCUCACUCUGCCCAAUUGAUUUAAUAUAUGAUAUGAAUACUAAAGUUUAGAUAAGAAGGCACCCCGUACCCUAUUAAACAUUUAGAAAUUUUAUGAAGGAUUCUGGUCAGUCUUAGGUACACUUCCCCAAGAAAAAACUUGCUAAAGAGGUUACAUCAUUGUCGAACAAGCCAGCUA